AUGAGUCGAAAUCUCCUCGUUGGUGCUGGCCUGUUGGCCCUCGCCCAAUUGAGCGGUCAAGCUCUCGCUGCCGCUGCCCUCGUCGGCCAUGAAUCCCUAGCUGCGCUGCCAGUUGGCUGGGAUAAGGUCAGCACGCCAGCUGCAGGGACGAACAUUCAAUUGUCCGUCGCCCUCGCUCUGCAAAACAUCGAGCAGCUGGAAGACCACUUGAAGUCUGUGUCAACCCCCGGUUCUGCCAGCUACGGUCAGUACCUGGAUUCCGACGGUAUUGCCGCUCAAUACGGUCCCAGCGACGCAUCCGUUGAGGCUGUCACCAACUGGCUGAAGGAGGCCGGUGUCACUGACAUCUACAACAACGGCCAGUCGAUUCACUUCGCAACCAGUGUCAGCAAGGCCAACAGCUUGCUCGGGGCCGAUUUCAACUACUAUUCUGAUGGUAGUGCGACCAAGUUGCGUACCUUAGCUUAUUCCGUUCCCAGUGACCUCAAAGAGGCCAUCGACCUUGUCUCGCCCACCACCUAUUUCGGCAAGACCACUGCUUCUCGUAGCAUCCAGGCUUACAAGAACAAGCGCGCCUCUACUACUUCCAAGUCUGGAUCGAGCUCUGUGCAAGUAUCUGCUUCCUGCCAGACCAGCAUCACUCCUGCCUGCUUGAAACAGAUGUACAAUGUUGGCAACUACACACCCAGCGUCGCUCACGGCAGUCGUGUCGGAUUCGGUAGCUUCUUGAAUCAAUCUGCCAUCUUUGACGACUUGUUCACCUACGAAAAGGUCAAUGAUAUUCCAUCACAGAAUUUCACUAAGGUGAUUAUUGCAAAUGCAUCCAACAGCCAAGAUGCCAGCGAUGGCAACUACGGCGAAGCCAACCUUGACGUGCAAAACAUUGUCGGCAUCUCUCAUCCUCUCCCCGUGACUGAAUUCCUCACUGGUGGCUCACCUCCCUUCGUUGCUAGCCUCGACACCCCUACCAACCAGAACGAGCCAUAUAUUCCUUACUACGAAUAUCUUUUGUCUCAGAAGAACGAGGAUCUCCCCCAGGUCAUUUCCAACUCUUACGGAGACGACGAGCAGUCUGUGCCGUACAAGUAUGCCAUCCGUGCAUGCAACCUGAUCGGCCUGACAGGUUUACGAGGUAUCUCGGUCUUGGAAUCCAGCGGUGAUCUCGGCGUUGGAGCCGGCUGUCGCAGCAACGAUGGCAAGAACAAGACUCAAUUUGACCCCAUCUUCCCUGCCACUUGCCCCUACGUUACCUCUGUUGGUGGUACCCAAUCCGUUACCCCUGAAAUUGCCUGGGUCGCCAGCUCCGGUGGUUUCAGCAACUACUUCCCUCGUACCUGGUACCAGGAACCCGCAAUUCAGACCUAUCUCGGACUCCUUGACGAUGAGACCAAGACAUACUAUUCUCAAUACACCAACUUUGAAGGCCGUGGUUUCCCCGAUGUUUCCGCCCACAGCUUGACCCCUGAUUACCAGGUCGUCGGUGGUGGCUAUCUCCAGCCAAGCGGUGGUACUUCCGCUGCUUCUCCUGUCUUUGCCGGCAUCAUUGCGCUUUUGAACGACGCUCGUCUCGCUGCUGGCAAGCCCACUCUUGGCUUCUUGAACCCGUUCUUCUACCUUUAUGGAUACAAGGGUUUAAACGAUAUCACUGGAGGACAGUCAGUGGGUUGCAACGGUAUCAACGGCCAAACUGGGGCUCCUGUUCCCGGUGGUGGCAUUGUUCCUGGAGCGGCCUGGAACUCUACUACUGGCUGGGACCCAGCCACUGGUCUCGGAACACCCGACUUCCAGAAGUUGAAAGAACUCGUACUUAGCUUUUAAGUUGGAUUUUAUUUAUGAUCAACAUAAUUUUGUGUAAAUAGAUUAUCGCUGGACAAACCCAUCUUCACGACUGAUUAAUACCUACAAAGCACAAACAAGCUACUCUUGCUGCUAUCCAGAGACGGAGACAUUAGACUGAGUAUAUAUAGAUAAAUAGCUAACUUACGGAGUGCUCCAGCUGAUGAC